GUAGUAAUCGACAAUUGCUAAGGGUACGUGUGAUACGUGUUGCAUCAUGACUGGAGGAUUCUCGCAUAAGAUAGGUACACAUUCUCCAGUUUCUCAUCUUCAGAAUACGAUACGAAGCUCAACCAAGGAAGAGAUGGACGGCGGAGGCGAGGCGGCGACACCAACAACACAUCCAGCAGUCCAACCUCUAUCCUUCCUGCUAGGGACCUGGAAAGGCCAAGGUGAAGGUGGGUUCCCUACCAUCACCCCAUUUCAAUACUUUGAAGAGGUGACUUUUUCUCACCACCCCAGCAAGCCCGUGGUCGCUUAUUCCCAGAAGACUUGGAAGUUGAAAGAUUCCGGCGAGGCUCAGCCCAUGCACGGCGAGAGUGGGUACUGGAGACCAAAGACCGAUGGUACAAUUGAAGUCGUGAUCGCUCAAAGCACAGGUCUGGUUGAAGUUCAGAAAGGGACAUUUGAUGCAAAGGAGAAAAUCGUGGCGCUUAGAAGCGAGUUAAUUGGGAAUGCGACUAAGGUGAAAGAGAUAAGUCGACAGUUUAAGGUGGUCAAUGAUGAAUUAACAUAUGUCGCUGAAAUGGCCACUACUGUUACUAGUCUACAGUCACACCUCAAAGCCUCUCUCAAGAAGCUCUAAUGUAACCAUCUCCAAAUUAUUGAAGUUAAUGCCUAUGCUGUACUUGUACGACGUUGGAUUAUGAGUUUCUUUUUUCUUUUUUUCUUUUCUAAAUGGGAGAUUUUAUAAUUUUUUUUUA